AGCUGAAGUGGAUGUUGGGGGAAAAACUCUACCAGCUCUCUACCUGGACUUUUUCGAGGCUUUGUCGUGUGAACCUUGUGGAUUUAUCUGAGGAUAUUUCACUCUUGGAUCAGAAACUGAUAACCGGAGGCAAACAGAGGCUCAGAACUAAGGUUUGGCAGCCAAAGAAAGCCAUUGCCGAUGACCUGAAAAACCUGCAGCUUUGCUAAUCCAUUGGCGGAAGGCAGCGUUAUCCUCAUUGGCUCUCUGCUUCGGGGUGAGCUGGGGGCCAAAGACGGGCCUAAUGGCAGGUGUCUGGACUCGAGCGUUCUCCCAACACUCACUCUAAGGGCCCCAGACGAGGUCCUCACUUCACCGGGAGACAUUUAACAGGACGAGAGCCCAUGAGGUCGUCCGUGCUGGUCCUCCUCCUCCUCCUCCUCGUCAGUGUCCAGGCUGCGUCGACCACAGGGGUUCACCCGAUCCCUCAGAGCCCCCUCCAGCACCCGGACCCUGGCAGCAGGACCCCCAGCACCGCCCCCACUGUGGACCCCAAACUCUUCAACAAGCGGCGCUACCGCUCGCCCCGCGUGCUCUUCAGCGAUCAGCCGCCCGACGCCAACCCCUCUGAGCACCGGGGCGGCGGCGGCGGCGGCAAGGGGGGGAGGCCGAGGCGGCAAGCGGGAUCCCCCCAGCACCGUGGCAUCUACUCCGUCUGCGAGAGCGUCAGCGUCUGGGUGGGCAACAAGACCAAAGCCACGGACAUCUCGGGCCACGAGGUGACCGUUCUGCCCAACGUCAACAUCAACAAUGUCAACAAGAAGCAGUACUUCUUCGAGACGACCUGUAGCAGCGCCCGCGCGGCAGGCUCGGGCUGCCUGGGCAUCGAUGGGCGCCACUGGAACUCGUACUGCACCAACUCACACACGUUCGUGCGGGCACUGACCACUUUCAAAAACCUGGUGGCCUGGCGGCUCAUCCGCAUCAACGUGGCAUGCGUGUGUGUGAUCAGCCGCAAGUCGUGGCGACAAUAACACUCACAUAGACCUGUGACACACACACACACACACACACACUCCUCACUCCAAAACUGUGGUCUCCUCACAGCGAACUGAGUUUGUGUUGAAAUGUCACCUCUUACUCAACACAACACAACACACAACUACAGUGUACCCUACAUGAUUGGACACUGUUAAAUUAUGUGGACAGCAUGUGUAUAAUAAGUAUUUUGUGUUGUCAUUGUUGUUGCUGAUGAUUAAUCUUGUUGUUAUUUAUUAAACACUGAACU